ACGAGCGCAGGGAGGGAGCUAGCUGGGAAGAAAGAGACAUGGAGAUGGCUCGUUGCUCUACUUCUCCAAUGGCAUAUCGGCUUCCGGCGAAGAUCCCCUCCCCGCCCUACGCCUCUCUGGCCGCCUCCAACUCCUCCUUCUUCACCAAUGGCGGACGUGUCCUGGCCAGGACGAGGCUCGCCCUUGUCUCCGGCCGGCGGCGAAAGGGGAGCAGUGGUGGCCUCGGGUGCCGUUGCCUCUUCGGUCUCGGCGUCCCCGAGCUCGUCGUCAUAGCUGGCGUCGCCGCGCUGGUCUUCGGCACCAAGAACCUCCCCGAGAUGGGCCGGAGCAUCGGAAAGACCGUGAAGAGCUUCCAACAGGCUGCUAAGGAGUUUGAAACUGAGUUAAAAAAGGAUGACGAAGAUGCUAGUAAACCCACAUCUCCAGCUGAGAGUCCCAAAGCUGUUAGCAGUGAAGAUGAGAAAAAAGCACUGGAAGCUUCGGCCACUGAAAAGAGCACGUGAAUUGAGACCAUGAUCCGUCAGUUGCCAAAGGUUGCUUCAAUGUUGUAUCAGCAGGUUGUAUUAAGUUAUUUUUUCAAAAAGAAAAAACAAAAAAAAACCCCUUGUGCAGCAGAUAUGGGGCUGUAUUAAGUGAAGAACCAAGUUUCUUGUAGUUACUGAGACAAUUUGCAUGGAGGUUCUUAAUUUGCAGAUCAAAGAUGUGGUGCCAUCUUGCUGAUGUACCUUAAUGAAUCAGUCAGCAAUUACA